UAUAACCAUUUUUAAUAUUUCAGAUAAAAUGGUUGAUUGAAUUCAAAAUUACAAUGGAAGAAGUCAAGGAAAAAGAUGAGAAAAUUUUCAUGGAAGAAAAAAUUCUUUCUUCUUCGAUGGAAGACACACUGGCGGUGUUUUUAGAGGAAACAAUUGUGAAGAAGGAAGAGAUUUUAGCCGAGUCAUCUGAAGCUAAAUACCAUUGUGAAGAAUGUGAUUAUGCUACUUCUAUACGAUCAAACUUGAUGAAACACAUUGCGAGUAAACAAGAGAAAUGGCAAGUGUACCCAUGUGAUCAGUGUGAACAUGCGGCGGUCACAAUCAGAUCUUUUGAAAUUCACAGAGAAACCCUUCAUAAAAAUCAGAAUACUGAGAACAGGCAAGAGGAAGGAGGAUAUCCGUGUGAAAAUUGUGAAUUUUUUGCUACAUCAGCAGUGUCCCUCAAGGCGCACAUACAGAGCAAUCAUACAGUAUAUACCUGUGUUAUCUGUGAUUAUGUUGGAAGUACGGCGGUGAAUCUGACGAAGCACAUUGAGAGCAAACAUCAAGAAAUUAGAUAUUCAUGUGAUCAAUGUGAAUUUGCCUCAACUACAGCCGGAUAUCUCAGGAUACACAUUAAGAGUAAACACGAAGGGAGGCGAUUUUCUUGUGAUAAUUGUGAAUAUGUUACAACAUCCCGUACAAAUCUAAGGACGCAUUUUAAAAGUAAACAUGAAGGGAAAACGUUUACUUGUCCAGGUCCUGAAUGUGAAUUUGUCACAAACACAGAAAGAAACCUCAGACGCCAUGUGUCGCGAGUUCACUUGUCUGUUCAGAAAGACGGAGAAAAAAGUGAACAUCGCCAUUACUGUUCUUUGUGUGAAUACUCUUCCUUCGAAGCAUUUAAUCUGAAGAAACAUAUUGAAACUAAGCACGAGGGACGGAGAUUUACAUGUCCUAUUUGUAAUCUAAGUCUAACAUUGGAAAAGAAUCUAAAACAGCACGUAAAGACGCAGCAUGACGGAUUGAGAUAUUCUUGUGAUACAUGUGAAUUCGUUUCGACCAGAAAAGAUUAUCUGAAGAGACAUAUAAGGAGUAAACAUGAGAAUAUUAAUCAUUCAUGUGACCAAUAAGACUAUGCUUCAGGUUAAGCAUGCCUUCUUCGAAGCCACAAAAAGCUAAAUAUGAGUCGAGGAAUCUGACCAAUUUACAUUUCAAACAUUUUCUAUCUAGUUUCAUGUUUAUUUAUGAGGUUUCAUUGCAGAACCAGCUUCGCAUCUAUCAAUCGACAUUGCGGAACUAUAAAUGUUAAUAAUUUUAAUUGUUAUAUCAUUUGUUAGCAAUUAUCUAAUGCUUUUUAUCAAUAAAAAUUAAAUUUUUCAAA